GGCGGGGAUCCACGGGUUUCGCUCCGCGUUCGUAGCAGAGAAGGGAGGACCCUUGGGAACCGGACCCUGGUCGCCCAGUCCUUUUCUGACUUGGGCCCACAUGGAGGGGACCGCGGAGUCCCAGACGCCUGACUUGCGAGACGUGGAGGGCAAGGUGGGCAGGAAGACCCCUGAAGGACUGCUCCGCGGGCUUCGAGGCGAGUGCGAGCUGGGAACCUCUGAGGACGCACUGCUCCCAGGGGCGCCCAGCACCGGCCACGGCCUAGGGGACAAGAUUAUGGCGCUGAGGAUGGAGCUGGCUUACCUUCGAGCUAUCGACGUGAAGAUCCUGCAGCAGCUGGUGACCUUGAACGAGGGUAUUGAGGCAGUGCGUUGGCUGCUGGAGGAGCGGGGCACACUGACCAGCCAUUGCAGCAGUCUCACCAGCAGUCAGUAUAGUCUGACAGGGGGAAGCCCAGGACGCUCAAGGCGGGGCAGUUGGGACAGCCUGCCAGAUAGCAGUUCAGCUGACCGGCUGGACAGUGUCUCUAUUGGCAGCUUCUUGGACACUGUGACCCCCAGAGAGGUGGAUGAACAAGGACUCCCUGGGUCUUCCUGUCCUGAGGUUGACUGGGCAAAGGUUAUCCCCAGUGAGGACAGGGCCAGGACUGAGGUGGACAUGACAUCCACCAAGCUAGGGAGCUUAACAGCUACAUGGACGCUCCCAGGGCAAUGUGGACCACCUGAGCCAUCAGAGGAUGACAAUGCUAAGCAGGGCUUUGAGGCUCAUUGGUACUGGGGACAGUGCCAGGAUGAUGUGACCUUCUUGUAAAAACUUUCCUACCCAUUUGUACUUUGUGGCUCUUUCAACUUUUGGUCUAAGUCUCCCUCCAUUUUCCCUCCACCUCCAACUAGACGGAGGCUGUACUACAAUCAGUUACCAUGGAAGCCAGGCUUGUCUCUCUGGUUCCUGGGGAGCCUCUGCAUUUAUCCCUCAAUUAUUGGGUCCCUAGAGCUAUUUCCAUAGAGAUAUUGACUCUAGAGGCCUAGCCGUGGCUCCUGUUGUAGGGGUAUCGCUAUGCCCCUCCCCAGUGAGGUGAGUUUUAUGGAAUGUAGGGCCUCUAGGAGAUCACUGAAGAAGUGAUGGAGGAAUAAUCACCUCAUCCAAAGUCUAGGAGCCAGGAUGCCUCUUACAAAAACGUGGAUAAUCAACCCUGUUUCAAAUGUGCAAACCUCCAUGGAUUGGUCCUCCUAGAUACUGGAAUUGGGCGACCAACCCUUUCAUGCCUGCUGAGUGAUGUCAUUGCCUGUCAUGAUACAUGAAGAGUGCUUCCUCUAUACCAGUCCUGGCGGGUGUGGCAUUUAAGGUCCCUGCCACCGCCUCUUGUGAGAGGGAACAUACCGCUUUCCCUGGCAACUGUGUAUGCUUUUCUCAAGUUCUUACUUUUCAAACAUGGUGUUUUCAUGCGGUACCCAAGGAUUUCACUUCUAAGGCUACAUCCCCGUCCACUAGGGUUGUAAGGAUACGCUUAUGGAGUAAGAAACGCAGAGGCCUCCACCUAGGCUCCCAAAUCUGCUUGGCUCACUUUACUGCAGAUGAUUGUCUGGCCCUGGACUGCUCUCAUCCCUGAUUCCUGCUCAAGAUCUGUCAGAAGUUCAGCCUGAGUGUCUUCACACCUUCUCAGUUUUCUUUUUAGGCCUCUGCAGGGGUUUUUGUUUUGUUUUUGGAGACAGGGUUUUUCUAUGUAUCCCUGGCUGUCCUGGAACUCAGUCUGUAGAUCAGGUUAGCUUCAAACUCAAGAGAUCUGGCUACGUCAGCCUUCUGACUAUUGGGGUUAAAAGUGUGUGCCACUGCCGCAUAGGUAGGCAUCUGCAUUUUUAUGUCUCUUAUCCCCCUGUUGCUUGGAAAUAAGGAGAGUGAAGGUCUCAGGGUUCUGGACACAUUCUUGGAUAGUGGGGCGAUCUUGUCAUCUCUGACUGGGCUUACCCUUCCCUUAUUCUGGCCAGCCUUCCACAAUUUGGUCACAAGGAUGCUUUCCUGAAGUUGAGACACAAGGGAUCCCUUUGUCUGAACUACAAUGUGGGAGUGUAGCAGGAAAACACAGAGACCUGUUGGUCGCUGAGCCUUGUUAAGUAGAAGAGAGUAUGUGAAACCCUUCUUCAGGGCAAGCCUGUGACUCCUGGACUUGGUGGAUAAUCAGGACUGGUUCUAGGUUUGGAUCCUAAGCCCUGGCUAAUUGUACUAGAGAAGACAUUCAGAGAAAUUGCUAUUUUGGGGUUCAGGCCCAGAGAAAGGGGAUGGGAGUAUGGGCAGAGUUGGGGACAAAGGAUGUGGUUAAUACCUGGACAAAAUAAGGUAUGUUGGUGCACAACUUAAAUCUGAGCACUCAGGAGGCAGAGCUGGGUGGAUCUCCGAGUUCCAGGCCAGCCAAGGCUAUAAUACAUAGUGAGACCCAGUCUCAAAAAACAAAGAAACCAGAAUGAUUUCUUGGCGAUUAGCCAUUUGAGUCCAAGGUAACUGUCCUGUCUUUCUAGGGCCCUGAACUUGGAUUAUUGAGGGGAAAAGGGUAAGCUUUGUUCCGUGAGCCCUCCUGAGUUGAAGGAGUCUUCCUCAAAUCCCAGAAUAACAACCAUUUUCUGCUUUUCAGAAAUCCCAUGUUGGGGAAGGGGAGGUAGCCAGGUUGACUGUGUCUACUCUCCUGUCUCCAAGCUCCAAUGCCUCAAUAGUUGGGUUGCAACCAUCAUAUCCUAAAGUAGUACACCCUCUGGCUCCUUAAAGACCCUCUCUUCCCUUGCCUCUAAGUGAUCACAUUUCAAAGUGGCUUCAGCCUCUUAUCUGAGGUUGCCACAUCUCCUGACUGUGCCCACAGGUGCUGAGACCCAGACCUCUCCUUACCAUGCCCAUAGCUCUGGAGUUCAGACUCCCCUUUCUUACGCCCAUCCAUAGCUGUGGAGUUCAAUCUCUCCUUACUGUGCCCACAGCUCAGGGUCUCCUGUUUUCUUGCCCUCAGACUGGAAUUUCCAAUGCUGUAUUCCAGUCCACACUCUGAGCUGAUCUGCAGUGCUCCCUUUCCCCUUUGAAGCUACUGUAUUCCAUUUUUUUGAGGCUCAUUGCUUUGGCUUUAAACUGAGGGAGGCUGAAGGGAGUGCCUGCCUCCUUGUGGCCACUAUGCAACAUUGCUUGAGUUGCUGGGUGAAAUCUCCAAGGUUAAAUUUAAUUCAGUCUAGCCUUUAGGUACAGAGAGGAUUAGGCCUACAGAUGGCAUAGAUUUGCCCAAUUGUACCUGUUGUGAAGCUGUAGCUAUGUUACAGACCUUACAGUCUGCCUGCAAACCCACAGCUCCAUCCUUAGACCAGUCAAUACCCCAGCCAGUCAAUACCCCAAAGCCCAAAGGAUUUGAAAACUAUUUCCUCAUUGUAAGAUUUGAGAUCUACCUGGGUAUAAUGGCACACAGCUGGCCUGCAAUCUCAGCACCCAACAGGUGUAUACAGAUCAGGAGUUCAAAGUCAUCUUCAGCUACAUAGCAAGUUCAAGGCCAGCCUGACUGUACGACUAUAUGAGACCCUUUGCCUGUCUGUCUUUCAGACACAGACACACACACACAACCACUAAAGAGUCAAUUGAGUCUUUAGCGGACAGGGAUUCCAAUCUGGCUAGGUAAAGGGCAUGCUGGUGUGGACAUCAGAUAGGAAAACCCAGACCAGUACAUUUUUUGGGGGAAGAAAGGUGAGAUGGUUCAGGCAUGGUAGAGAGGUUAGCACUCUGGAGCUGGAGGUUAGAGACUGGGUUGGGUGAAAUUAGGAAAACCAAGUUGAUCUUGCAAAGGUGAAAGUGUACCACAGUUCAGAAAUGAUUUGAAAGUGUCAGGCAGGAGACGUGUGUGAGUGAUUUUGAGAUUCCAGUGUUUAUGUUUUGAGACAAGAUCUCCCUACAGAACACUGGCUGUCCUAGAACUCAACAUUGUAGGCCAGGCUGGCCUCAAACUCACAAAGAUUUGCCUGCCUCUGCAUGACACUAUGCCAGUCUUGUUUGGAACACAUGGCAAUCCUUCUGCUUCAGCUUCUUGAGCCACCACACUUGGUUUUGGGUGUCCUGUCUGUUUUUUUUUUUUUUUUUUUUUGAGACAGGGUUUCUCUGUGUAGCCCUGGCUGUCCUGGAACUCACUCUGUAGACCAGGCUGGCCUUGAACUCAGAAAUCUGCCUGCCUCUGCCUCCCAAGUGCUGGGAUUAAAGGCGUGCGCCACCACUGCCCAGCUGGGUGUCCUGUCUUAAUUUUAGACUUCAUCAUCUGAGGAGUCUAUGAGCCACAGUAAAUAUAUCCCCAGUCCAUCCUACCUGCCUCUAGACUGCCUGGUUGAGACCUGGGUGUCCUAUUAGCCUUUAGGAGUUAUAGGCAGGAGCUGUUUGUGAGCUCCGCAAAGUGUGGAGAGGUUGGAGAAGCAGAGAGACAGGAGAGAUGAAAGCAGGAUGAAGUCUGAGCAGAGGAAGCACACUGCUCUCCACAUAUGCUGGGGUCUUCCUCAGAGCUCAUAAUUCCAAGAUGGUAGCUAUGGAAACAGGACCUGGGAGGGGUAAGAUGGGUCUGGCAACCCUGGUUUCAUGUGUCCAGGCAACAUGAGACAGACAGUGGGAGAGGUCAGGUGUUAGGGUGUGUACCUGGUAGAAGUGGGGAGUGGUGGUGGUUGAAUGGAAGCUUAGUGGCAGUUCCAGUUAGAAUAUUUGGGGUUACAGUGACCACGAGCUCAUUGUGGGUAUGGUGCCAGGUACAUGCUGAGUAUUCAGUUACACAUGCUUAAAGAACACUGUGUAUACACCCACAAGGAAAUGUAAGAUGUAAAAAGAAAAUUAACCUGGUUUACAUAUUAAGCAUUUAAAAACAUUAAUUCUUAAUCCUAUAAACAGCUCAUUGUUACCAGCAUACUGUUGCUUAGAAAUCUGCUAAUUUCAGAUAGGUAACAAAUGAGACAGAGCAGGGCGAAGGUCAAUGCCCUGUAAGGCCUUCCAGGAAAGCUAUGGCUCCUCGCCUCACCCCCCAGGCACUCUUUCUGUAUUCUCCUAGGAGACUGAGCAGUAUACGGAUUUGCUGUUGCUGAUGUAAUGAAUUACUAUAAACCUAGUGGCUUAAAAACCAGUUAGGCUGGGCAUGCUGGCACAUGCUGGCAAUCCCGGUUCUCAGGAGGCUGGGGCAGGCAGGUUCUGAGGGUGGCCUCAGAAAAGGAUUCAGACUUGGGAGAAAGUCCUUAGGGUUUUAAAAACCUGUAGCCCUUGCCACCAAGGGUUUCUGCAGGCUGGGUUCUUGGCAGUUUCUCCUUUCCAGUUCCACCGUGUGCGCCUGCUACUCCAGGCAGAGGUAAUUACAUUCCCAGCAGACUGACCCGGUUCUCCCUGGGAGACAGACAUGUCUCCUUUUUAAAUGCUUUUUUUUAUUCCUUAGUGGUUAAUUAUCAUUGAUAUUAGGCUCAUUUUUUUCUUUUAGUUUCUGAUCCCUAGUCUCAGUCUUCUCUUGGACUCAAACGUGUCAAUAUAUCUUUGUGUAUGUGUUUGUACACAUAUGUUGAAUAUAUGAUUCUGUGCUUUCACAUGUUUUAAAGUGUAUAAAUAGUUAUUUGAUUGUAAACUAACUUCUCUAAUGGGCUGCCCUCCUGUUUCAGUGACAACACAAUGGAAGGCUUGUUUUCACUUAUUCCAGAGUACAACAGCAUUCCUGGGCACGGUCCUUCCUUGCACGUGGCGGGCCCCAGCCUCCUUCUAAUUUCAGAUGCGAUAGCCAUAAACUUCCCUACCAACUUUUCACCAAGUUGCUUUACUAUCCACUGAUGAUCCUUUUAUUUCACUGGGAUUACAAAAAUAUGAUUUCCUGACACUAUUAGUACACUUUCAUUUAUAAGUCUAACUCUGUAACAGAAAAACUUCACGUCUCAGAGGACUAUUUAGAUAAUCUGAAAAUAAAGUUCAUAUCAGUGAUAAGUGACAAAUGCUUAAGUGUCUUCCAUCCCCGCCCCCCAGUCUCAUUUUGUGCACACUGGUCUUCAACUCACUAUGUAGCCGAGGCUGACCUUGAACUCCUGAUCUUCUUGCUUCCAUCUCCCAAGUACUGAGAUGACAGGUCUACACCACUGUGCCUGGCUUUACAGAAAUAAACAGCCCAAACACAGUCUCACUUUGUAGUUCAGGUUAGCUUGGUACCACAGGGAUCCUCCAGCCUCAGCUCCUGAGACUCAGAUUCCAUGUGCUUGCUACCAUGCCUAGUUUUCCAUAUCAUUUUUGAAGUAGUAAUGGUGUUCCAUGCUUUUGUUCUGGUGCAUUCUCUUUAAACUUACUGGUACGAAUCUGUAGUCAUUGUAAACGUAAUGUCUUUCAAUCAUGCAGGUUAGUUUUUUUUUUGGUUUGUUUUAAAUAUGUAAAAUAUAAAACACGUGGGAGCUGAAGAGGUUAAGAUAACUUGUUGCACAGCCUACAGUUUAUGAUCACUUGUAACUCGGGCUCUAGGGGGUCAGAUGCCUGCACUCAUUGCCCUUACACGAAUGGUCCUAGUCAGGGUUUCUAUUCCUGCACAAACAUCACGACCAAAAAGCAAGUUGGGGAGGAAAGGGUUUAUUCAGCUUACACUUCCAUGCUGCUGUUCAUCACCAAAGGAAGCCAGGACUGGAACUAAGCAGGUCAGGAAGCAGGAGCUGAUGCAGACGCCAUGGAGGGAUGGUCCUCACUGGCUUGCUCAGCUUGCUUUCUUAUAGAACCCAUGACUACCAGGCCAGGGAUGGUACCACCCACAAUGGGCCCUCCCCUCUUGAUCACCAACUGAAUGUUCCACUGAAUGCUCCUUUCUCUGUGAUAACUCCAGCCUGUGUUGACACACAAAACCAGCCAGUACAUGCACAUACCAUAUACAUGCACACAAACCCACACAUAAUGAACAAUAAUACAAAUUUUAAAAUUAUUUCAUGUGUAUAUGUGUGUGCACAUAUGUGACUAUGUAAGUGCAACAUGUGUACACAAGUGGGCACGGUGGCUAAAGACCGGUCGGUAUUAGAUCUCCUGGAACUGUAAGCUGUCCCAUGUGGGUGCUGAGAACUGAUCUCAGGUCCUCUGAAAAAGCAGUAAGUGCUCUUAACCACUGAGCCAUCUUUCCAGCCCUAAAAAAAUAAACAUGGGACUGGGAAUAUAGCUCAGGUGUAAGGCAGAGUGCAUUUCUAGCAUGCAUGAGUCCUAGGGUAAAUCAGCAGAACAGUGAAGUUCAUAAAGUGUAGUAUGGUGGUAUACUCUGAAAUCAUGGCAUUUGGGAGAUAGAGGCAGAAAGAUCAGAAGUUCAAAGUCAUCCUUGGCUAUAUAGUGAGUUUGAGGCCAGCCUGGGCUCCAUGAGACUGUCUAGAGAAAUAAAAUAAUCUAGAAAAAGUAGAGAAAAUAGAGUAAUGAAUACACACUUACCAAGCAACUUUCUUUCUCUUUUUAUGAAGACCUUAAUUUAUUACAUUUCUCAGGGGUGGGGGUGCACCUGCCAUCAGGCAUAGGCACUCCAAAGGACAAUGCCUAGGAGCUGGUUUUCUCUUCCCAUGGGUAAAGGUACUUGCUUUUAACUGUGAUUGGAACUCAGUCCAAUGCACCCACUGCACCAUCUCACUUACCCAAUGAACCUGGGUUUAAUCCUUAGAAUCCACAUAAAAGAGUGAGGUCUGGUGGCUAACACUGAGGGAGGGUCAAACAGGCAAGCUUGUGAGGCGCAUGGGCCAGGUUAAGUAACGGACUUGCUGAGUUCCAGGCCAGUGAGACCCUGUUUCAAAACACCAGGGAGGACGUGCAUAAUGGAUAAUAGCCAGUGUUGUCCUCUGCCUCCCAGACACCUGUACACACACAUGCCCACAGCUACACGUAUAUGUGCACCUGCGCACCCAAGAACACUCAAAACCCAGUACUGAAAAAGAAACAAGGCUGGGAGGUGGUGGAGCCUGUUUCAAUCCUACUACACAGGAGGCAGAGACAGGGUGAUCUGAGUUCAAGGCCAGUCUAGUCUGCAAGGAGAAACCCUGUCUUGAAAAAUAACAACAAUAACAAAAAAAACAAAACAAAAAAGUAAAAACAAGAUAACAGGCAGGUAAAGAGACUUGUUGCUAAGCCCAAGUCUGACCUCCAGGACUCACACAAUACAAAGAGGUUUUGAACAUGGUGGGGAUUGGGGGAAAGGGAAUAUGGGAUUUCUAAGAGACACCACACAGAUUAUCAGAAACU